AUGUCAGACUCUGAUCUUGAUUGCAACCAGCUCCACCACAUCCCAAAUCUGACGGAUGUUUGUGGGUUUGUCAAAAGUACAGACUCGUGUCAGAUAGAUGAAGGCUUUGUCAACUACAUACAGUUUCUCUACUGCACUCUCUCUGCCAUCCCAGUCUGGGCCGCUUGUAUUGUUAUUGGCAUUUGGUGGCUAUUUCUGUUUUGUGGAUUGGCUACAACAGCUGAUGAAUUCUUCUGUCCUUCUCUGGCUGUGAUCUCCCAAAGUUUGAAGCUCAGCCACAACGUUGCAGGUGUAACCUUUUUGGCCUUUGGUAAUGGUGCACCUGACAUCUUCUCUGCUAUAGCGGCCAUUGGUAAUGCCAAGUCAGGGGAUGCUGGGAUGGCGGUGGGAGCGCUGUUUGGGGCUGGUGUGUUUGUGACAGCUGUAGUGGCUGGUUCCAUCGCCAUCAUCCACCCCUUCCACUGCAUGCACCGCCCCUUCCUGCGUGAUGUCAUCUUCUACCUGGCCGCCUGCUUCUGGGUCUGGUGUGUUCUCUGGAAGAAGCAGAUCACACAACUGGAGGCAGCAGGAUUCAUCAUUUUGUAUGUUGUUUAUGUAUUGGUUGUGAUUGUUGGGCGCUAUAUCAACCAGAAAAUAAAAAAUAAACGGCAAGGAUUUUUUUCAGAAACUGACACUGGCAUACAGGGCGAGGCAGACGUCAGACAGCCGCUGUUACCCCCAUCUGUGGGGGGUGGCCCUGAGGUAGAGAUAGAAGCCCCACCCCUAGAGAUGACCCACAGGCCCAGCUACCACACCAAGCACAUGUUGACUGACUUCAUGUACGAGGUCAACCCUAUCGAUGUCAGCUCGUGGCAUGAGAAAAAGUUGCUGGGAAAAAUCUACGAAAUUUUCAAGAGCCCCCUGGUGCUGGUGCUCAAGCUGACCAUCCCCGUGGUUGAUGAAGCCAGAGAGAUGUCCAGCCCGGAGGAGAGGAGGGAGGAGAGGAGGGAGGAUGACCUGAGGAACUGGAACAAGCUGCUUAACUCCCUCCAUGUUUUCACAGGGCCAGUCUUUACAGCCUUUGCUACAGGAGUUGGCUUGAUGAGGUUGGGCAAUGUGUUUCCUGUGUACGCACUGGUCAUGAUCAUUACGUCCAUACUCGCUGUCAUUGUAUUCUUCACAUCUGACAGAGACAAGAGACCCAUCUACCACACAGGCUUUGCAUACCUUGGCUUCUUUGUUGCCGUGGUCUGGAUCUACUCCAUAGCUAACGAGAUCGUCAACAUACUACAGGCCCUUGGUGUUGCUAUUGAUUUGUCUGAUGCCAUUCUUGGCUUGACUUUGUUGGCGUGGGGAAACAGCAUUGGUGAUUUUGUGGCUGAUACGACCAUGGCUAGACAAGGCUUCCCUCGAAUGGGCAUCUCAGCUUGCUUUGGGGGACCUUUAUUUAAUAUGUUGCUGGGUUUAGGCAUUCCAUUCUCCAUUGCCUGUUUUAAGAAUAGAGGAACUUUUGAUCUCAAGGUCAACCUGGAGCAGAUGACCUUGGCCGCUGGUCUAGGCUUCUCUUUGGUCUCGUCUUUCAUCAUUGUCCCCCUGUUUGGCUUCAAGAUGUCCAGACCUUACGGCAUCUACCUCCUCGUGUUGUACGCUGCCUUUCUUGUUAUUGCUAUUUUAAUUGAGGUCAACGUCAUCCAAAAUUUUGAUUUGUAGACCAGCUCAGUCAAUCAAAAAAUUUGAUGUGUAGACCAGCUCAGUCAAUCAAAAAAUUUGAUGUGUAGACCAGCUCAGUCAAUCAAAAAA